CUCUUACCCUGAGCCAUGUCCUGCAACCCUUGCUGCCAGCCCUGCGGCCCCUGCCCACUGGCCAACAGCUGCAAUGAGUGCUGUGUCAGGCAGUGCCAGAGCUCCACCGUGGCCAUCCAGCCCUCCGCAGUCGUGGUGACCCUGCCCGGGCCCAUCCUCAGCUCCUUCCCACAGAACACCGUGGUGGGAUCCUCCACCUCCGCUGCUGUUGGCAGCAUCCUCAGCUCUGGUGGAGUGCCCAUCAACUCUGGCGGCUUUGACCUCUCCUGCAUCACCAGCGGCUAUGGUGGCAGCAGAUGUCGUCCCUGCUAAAUCUGCUGGCAACGUCUUUAGGCAAGAACUUCCAAGACCUCAGAACCUGGUUUUGGGCAGGAGAUAGAGCUUUGGGACAUUGUAAUUAGAGUUUCAAGUCAUUGUCCCCUUCUUCUCCUCUCUCCUUUUGCUCUUUCUUUUGCUGUCCAUGUCUCCUCCAUCCAGUCUAGUGGAGACCUGUUGCCUUCCCCUCCCUCUGCAGGCCAGGCAGAGGGACAUCCCUACUGCAACUUAGUGGCUGCUCCUGGUGCCCUCUCUGAGCCACUCUGAGUAUUUUUUUCCUCUGCACUCAAUAAAGCUGUUUUGCAUCCAUG